ACUUUUUCAAGUCAACGGUUCCUCAGACAAUAUAUGCUGUGCUGUCACUCCCCUCAGAUCUUCCCAAGCUCAUCUGCAGAAAGUCGCUUCUUACUAGAAGCUGCAAACUGCUCAAGUGAAAAAGAAGAAGGUGGAAAGAGAGAAGGACUUGAUACCUUGUUCAGGAGGCUGCAGCUGCGUUGGACUUCAAGGGCAUUCUUCAGCCCAUCUCAAGGUCAGCAAGUAGACUGGGUGGAAGGCAACAGAGAUGGAGGAACAGAUCACGAUCCAGCCCAGAGGAUGAGCCUUCAGGAGUCAGACACAUUAUUGUCAGGAGUACACAUCUCAGAGUCAGAAGCAGUCAUAUGUGGAAAAUAUGGAUUAGAACUUAGCACAAAAUCAAGCCUUGGUAGCCUCCAGAAGCAUCAUGUAUGCCCUGAAUGUGGCAGAGGCUUCUGCCAGAGGUCAGACCUCAUCAAGCACCAGAGGACGCACACAGGGGAGAAGCCUUACAUUUGUAAGGAGUGUGGACGAGGCUUUGGCCGGAAGUCCUCUCUCAACAUACACCAGAGGAAACACUCUGGGGAGAAGCCGUACAUGUGUACGGAGUGUGGGCGACACUUCAGGUAUACAUCCUCGCUCACUAACCACAAGAGGAUACACUCUGGGGAGAGACCAUUUCUGUGUCUGGAGUGUGGGCGAAGCUUUCGCCAGAAGAUUGCCCUCAUCUUGCACAAGAGGACACACAUGAAAGAGAAGCCCUUUGUGUGUCCUGACUGUGGGAGAGGCUUUUGCCAGAAGGCAUCGCUCCUCCAACACCAGAGCUCACAUUCAGGUGAGAGGCCCUUCUUGUGCCUUGAGUGUGGGCGUGGCUUCAGGCAGCAGUCACUACUCCUCAGUCACCAGGUCACACACUCAGGGGAGAAGUCUUAUAUCUGUCCUGACUGUGGGCAUGGCUUUCGCCAGAAGGUUACCCUGGUCAGGCACCAGAGGACACACACAGGGGAAAACCUUAUGUGUGUCCUGAGUGUGGACGUGGCUUUAGCCAGAAGUUUCUGCUGA